AGCCGGAGGGCGAGUCCCAGACGCAGCGCUCGGAGGAGAGAGGGACCCGCCACCCGCAUGGCCCCCGCCUGCUGUCCUGCCGGAGCCCUGAUGCUCGCGUACGCGGGCCUGCUGGCCGCCGCCGCGGGCCUCGGCUCCCCAGAGCCCUGCGCGCCCUCGGGGAGCCGCGCCCGCGAAGAGCCGCCGCCCGGGAACGAGCUGCCCGCGGGGUCGGCCGCCAGCCCGCAGGAGCCCCCCGUGGAGCAAGUGCGCGGCAUCGAUCCGCGAGAUGCCUGGAUGCUCUUCGUUAGGCAGAGUGACAAGGGCGCCAACAGCAGGAAGGGGAGCAGAGGCAAAGCCAAGAAGUUGAAGCUCGGCCUGCCAGGUCCCCCAGGGCCCCCCGGCCCCCAGGGCCCCCCGGGUCCCAUCACCCCACCUGAGGUCCUGCUGAAAGAGUUCCAGCUGCUGCUGAAAGGCGCGGUGCGCACACGCGAGUGCACGGAGCCUGAGCCCCGCCCGCGCGGCCCCGCCGCGGUGCCGGCCGUCCCCGCGGAGGACGAGGAGGACGAGGAGGAGGAGGAGGCGGCGGCGGCGGGGGGCGCGGGCGUGCUGGCGCUGCUGGCUGCGCCCCUGGCCCCGGGUCCACGGGCGCCGCGCAUCGAGGCCGCCUUCCACUGCCGCCUGCGCCGGGACGCGUCGGUGGAGCGGCGCGCGCUGCACGAGCUCGGCGUCUACUACGUGCGCUGGCGGAGCAGACGAGACGGGCGCCGCCGCGCCCCCGGGACCGCCUGCGCCUGCUCAUCUGCAUCCAGUCCCGGUGCCAGCACCACGCCUCCCUGGAGGCUGUCAUGGGGCUGCAGAGCAGCAGCGAGUUCUUCACCAUCUCGGUCAACGGCGUUCUGUAUCUGCAGGCGGGGCAGUACACCUCCGUCUUCCUGGACAAUGCCAGCAGCUCCUCCCUCACAGUGCGCGGUGGCUCCCACUUCAGUGCUGUCCUCCUCGGUGUAUGACCGGCCACCCCAGGCUCUCCCUCUCGCCAGGCAAACGGAGCAGGAGUGCGAACAAUCUCGGGGCCGUGGCGGAGUGGCGGGGGCCACACGCAGGAGGGAGGCCGCCGAACUGCCCACACUGGCCACCGCAGUUCAACCCAGAGAUGCCACUACAGGCAGCCCGGGGAGGUGACACGCAAACUGGCAGUCCCAGACUGGGAAUGAUUUCAGGAUGCCAGCUUAAGUUAAAGGGGAGACGUUUCAGUGUGCCCAGGAGCACGUGCUUUGUCCCUCCCCAGCUGCAGACCUGGGCCCCUCCUGGCCCCAGUGGCCCCGGCAGCCUCAGCUUUGUUGCUGUGGCCCAGCCCCACCUUUUCCAUCUUUCUUAGUGUUCUCACGGGCUGCCUGCUGGGAGUGCCAGGACGGAGGGCAGAGGCCGCCCAGCCUGCCUGGUCCCCACCUGCCCCUCUCCCAGCCCUGCCUUUAGCCUGCAGGGACCACGGGGCCCAAGCCUCUCCUUGUGGCCCUGGGGCAUAGCAGCCUCAGGCACCAGAGAGACACUGGAUGGGGGCUGACAAGGGACAGUGACAGUCUGGAGCUGUUUUCACUUGUGACAUGUGCAAGGUCACUUGCACGCUCACCCAGCCUUUCCACAUAGGAGCUGCACCCUCCCCCUCCGUCACAGACCCUCUCGUGGAUGAGGGCCCCUUGCCCACCCCCUUGUGGCCCCUGGCUCACUGCUCAGAUCCACCCACCAGAUGAAAGGGCUAGAACACCCUUGCAGGUCAGGGGCGGCCAGGCCCUGCCUGCCCAUCUGCACGGAUGAAGCGGACGCUUCCCACAAGCUGACAGGCUCUCGGUGCCCAACUGCAGCCUAGCCCCGCUGGGUCCAUCCAGCUCUGGGGCUCUUGAAAGAAUCUUCCCCACGGGGGUGGGAAUACGGCCCCAAGCUCAGAUGGGUGUCCUGAGAAGACCAGGUCCCAAGUCCUUCUGUGCUGCUGCAGCAGUGAUGGGAUGCGGGUAGCAGUGGUGAUGGGGGUCUGGGAGUUGCUGCAAUUUCUUUCAAGGUGCAGGGCCCCCGCUGCCUGCUGAGGAAGUUACCCAACCCUGUACCUACACACAAAACAGGCUACAGGAACAGGGUACCAUAAGAUGUCCUGGGGGCCAAGCUGGUCUGGCAAGCCAUUGCCCCCUUCUCAGGCCUGGGAGAGAAGGGGGCAAUGGCUGCAGUCACCUCUCACCGUAACCUUCUAGCUGGCCUUGGGGUGAGCAGGUGACUGUGGCCAGGCCUAGCUGAUGCCCCGGAGCCCUAAGCUUCCAGCGCCACAGUCAGGCUCAGACAUUUCCCUCCCAGCCAGGGGACCCGCAGGCGCAAUGCACACAAACCACCACUCUGUGCCCUUUGGCAGCCCUGGCACAGUUCUCAGUAGGACUCGUACCCGCCCUACCAGGAAGUGCGAGCUGGCCGGCGUCCUGCCUGCCCAUGCUCUCUGAUAAGGGAUGGUGUGGCCACGCCCUUUUCUGGAUUUCACUUUGUAUCCAGAUAUUUUAGAGAAGCUUUUACCCUUGAAAAACCCACAGAUGUCUUUCAUUUUCUCAAUAUGAGUGUGUCACACAGCAAUUUACUGAAGUAUUUAUUGUAUAAUAUUGUCAGGUGGAAUAUAUAUAUAUAUAUAUAUAUACACAUAUAUAUAUAUACACACAUAUAUAUAUAAACUGACUUUUGAGAAUUAUUUUAUGUGAUUAUACAAAAUUAUAGAAACAAAGGGCAGACCUUAAAAUAUAGAGUCUUAGUCAUUUAGGCCAGGCUCACCAAGGACAGAGGAGUGAGCUCUGGGAGGGGAGGUGGAAGGAUGUUUCCAGCCCACUGGGCCCUCAGACCCAUGGAGAAGGUGGCAGGGAGAGCCCGUCCAGGGAAGCCCAGCACCAAGCCUCUCCCAGCUCUAGGACACUAGCGGUCUGGGGAUUAGGGAUACAUGGUCAAAGACUGGUGCCUUGUUUGCUGUAAGAAAAUGUUUAUUGAAUAAAUUGUCCCACUUCCCAAUUCUGAGACGCUGAGGUUC